CGUAAAGCCUUAUUGCCGCUAUGGUCCAUUUUUAAUUGGAAUUAUGUUGGGCAUUUUAUUGCAUCACAGAGAAACACCUUUGCUGAAAACCAAGGCUUCUGUUGUUGGUGGUUGGCUGUGCUGUCUGGGCACCAUGAUUGCUGUGAUAGCAUUAGGCUAUGCUCUAGAUGAUUCAACUGAAACCUACUCUGUUCUUCCUGUGCUGUAUCAGGCACUACACAGAUCUGCAUGGGCUGCUGCGGUUGGAUGGAUCAUACUUGCAUCUGAAGAAGGAUAUGCAGGUUUUAUUCAAAGUUUGUUAUCCAGCAAGCUAUGGAUCCCACUCGCCAAUCUCAGUUAUGCCUGUUUUCUCAUCCAUCCUGCUGUCAUAAAUAUUUAUAAUGGGCUUCAGGAGACACUCCUGCAUUACACAGACAUCAACAUGCUUUACCUCUUCAUAGGUCACACAAUUCUGGCACACAUUCUAGGAUUGCUGCUGUGCAUACUCAUUGAAAAUCCUCUUCAACUGUUAAGAAAAUACUUCUGAUGAUCCAAUUC